UAACUAUAGAAAGCACUUGACACCAGAACAACUGGUCAACAUGUUUGCGCCAGCCGACGAGACGGUGUCAUCGGUGAUCUCGUGGUUGCUGCAAGCUGGUAUUAAUAGUAAUGACAUCUCCUUGGGCAAGGGCAAACAUUGGAUGACGGGAAAUGUCACGGUUUCUAAAGCGAAACAACUCCCGAAGACACAGUAUUACGUCUACGAUAACGGAAAGGGCCGUAAUCACACCGCCUGCGAGCAGUACCAUCUUCCUUCGGACCUCAGCGCUAAUGCCAUAGAUUUGAUCUUUCCGACUAUUCAUUUGGAUGCCAAGCUAUCGCUGACGACUUCAGUUCGAGAAAAAAAGCGUGAAAAUAGCAGCUUCUCCAAUAAACACAGAGCUAUUUACCGCCCAGUGGCACUGGUCUUCACAAUUGUGCCAAUUUGACCACUCUGGACUGCUUGUACUCCCUCUAUGAUAUUCCGUCUAGUUCCUUGCCGGAAAGCAACAAUUCAUACAGUAUUGUCGAGUAUUCGACUGAUGGGUAUCGACCCGAGGAUUUGGAUCUGUUUUUCUCUACCUACAAGCUGCAG